GAACUUGUUGCCAAGCUGGAAUGCUCCUCCAAAACUCCUGCAAAAUUUUGGGACAUUGCUGAUUUAAAGGGCGGGGUAGAAUAAUGCAAAUGUGCACAGUCUUCACCACUUCAGAUUUUAGAUUUGAACAAAUGUUUUGUCCUUAAAAAUGCUGAAGAUCUAUGCAUGGCGACACUCAGUUUUCACAGUGGAGGAUCUUCUCACCCUGUUUUCACCUUUUGGGUGCGUCAUGAGUGUUCAGAAAAUAGGGAAAAAUACAUCUCCAUAUGGAGUGGUGAUUUACUUGGAUGUUGCUGAUGCUGCCACGGCCAUGAAGGAACUGAAGGACAACGCGCCCUUCUUUUUGAAUCUGUUGCCGCCCAGCAUGAUCAGAGCAGCUAACAAAGAUGGAAGUCAUGAAGACCAACCCCGCUGUCUCCUGCAAGAUGGGUUUCAUUCUGUGCCACAGCAGAGACCACCCAGUCUGUUGGACACAGCUUCCAGCCAGGUGUGUCUUCUAAUUCAAAACUUUCCCACACAUGUGGAUGAAAUACACCAGGUGCUCAGUGUGAUCUAUCCAAUCACGACCAACGUGAAGGUGGAUGUGAAAUCAGCCCUAGUGAUGCUCCCUGACUUGUUCACCGCCGUGUGGCUCAUGGAUUUGUUAAAUAGCCUCCACAUUGGCUCCAAACGUCUCUCUGUUUCCUUUGCAACCCAAAUAGGCGGGACACACCCUGCAACGAUGGCAGCGAAAAGGCCAUUAGAGCAUUACAGCAGCCAGUCUACUGUUCAAUAUAACACAGUCCAAUACCUUUAUUUCUGCGGAGUUGGACAUUUUAUUGCAAAAAUAAAAAAAUGAAAAGUGAUGGGAUGAGCAGCUGGAGGAUGAGUAACUUGUAUGUUGUAUCAGUAAUAUGGGGUUUACUAACACAAUAAAAGACUUCCCAGGUUCAAACUCA